GAGGUGAGGCUGAAGGACCAAGGGGGGCAGGGCGGGGCCUGGGCAGUAAAGGACCUGCGAAAGCACUGCUGAGUGAAUGCUGGAAAGAGCAUUUGGACAGGCUCACGGGCCUUCUAGUAGCAACUUUACAUCGCUUCUCUCCUCCUGGGGAGGAGGAGUGGAUCUCUGACCACAGUGGCAUUCUCCGGUUCUGCUUCCAUUCCCAAAAUGCAUCCCCCCUUCCCACUGGGGGGCAGACAGGAAGCGCCAAACUGGACUGGGGAAACACCUGCUUAGGCAAGAUGGUGGUCAGUGGAUGAUGGGUGCAAGUUGGUGGAGUUGCAGGAGGCCAGUUAUGCACCCAAAAGCUUUUCCACCAUCCUUGUCCCCCGUUGGGGUAUCUCUGAAAUGCACUCUGGCAUCCAAGCAAUCACCUGGCCCUUGUGCUCACUCCCCCCCCCCCCCAACAGACUGGCAGUGAGCUAUGAGCUCUCUGUGGUAGCUGUCCUUGGUAGGAGAGCCUGUUCCCUGGGAUGCUGACCUGGAGGGUGUUUGCAUCCUGACCCUGUUAUUUGGGGAAGCCAGAAGGGGCUGUGUUGGGUCUUGAGAAUGGGGCCCCAGUGCCUUGUGUACCUCUUAGCUCUUACCGAAGAUCAGCAGGGGCGGGGAUGGAAUUAUGAAACAUAAAACAGGCAACUCUAUACAGGUUUUAAGAUUGAGUUGGGCCAGGUGUGCAGAAUGCAUAUAGCCCUUUUGGUUUAGGGAUCCUGACUCAGUGGGCAAUGGGCCAUUCUCUGCACACAGAAGGUCCCUGGCUCAGUGCCCAGCACCUCCCAGUUAGAAGUCUCAGGAAGUAGGGAAGAAAACUUUUUUUGCAAGAGACCCUGGAGAGCUAUCUCUGCCAAUGAGAGCAGACUGCCCUGCGCUGGACGGACACACAUAGCCUGGCUUGGUGUUAAGGCAGCCUUGUGUGUGCUUCUCUUCUGCCUGGCGCUUUGUUCCCUUAGUUUGCUGGUACAGACUGUUUCCCGCUUUGUCCCCAGUUGGCUGCUGAAAGCGAAGGGCCUUGUCUCCAUGCAUGCAGCCAGCAGCGGCCUCUCUGGGCUGCUCUCCUGCUGUUGUUCCAGCCCCUUGUGUGGGCCUUUGGGACUUGGUGUCAUCUUGCAGAGCUUUGCUCUUCUGAGCUCCUUUUACCAGGUCAGCACUGAUUGCAGCUUCCCGGCAUCUGAAUGGCUGCUCUGCCAGGGCAUCCUCAUUGCCACGCUGCAAGAGGCAGAGCUGACAGCGCCCUCUUGAGUCAGAGACAUUGCUUGUCAGGGGAGCUGCUCUGCCCAGCAGUUGGUGGGGCAGAGGAAAGGCAGGGGCUUGUAACCAGCAGAGUCUCAUUCGUGCAACAGAACUUCUCAUCCUCCCUCUCCUUGUCCCCUCCCCACCCAGGUCUACUACAGAGGGUGGGGAGGACACCCAAGAAAAGAUUUUUUGGCAGGGGGCACACACAGGGAGAUGAGAAGGAAGGAAAGUUCCGUUGUGUAAGUGGAAGUCCUGUGAACAGAGCAGCUUCAUUGAAUAGCAGGUGGUCUUUCUGUUAGCUUAUGCUUACAGCAUUGUGAUCCCUGGCCCGGAGUAGAUUCCAGGUGAAACAUUAAAAGGCUUCAUUGUGGCGUCCUGUUUCUCCUGGUGCUCCUGGCGUAGACUAUGAGCUUCAGCGGAAGUCCCACAUCUGCAUGGCGCCACAGUAGCCUUUUCCAAACACCUGGAAGAUGCUGCUGAGCAUUCUCGUGGCUCCAAGUCACCAAGCCCAGCUCUCUGCAGAGUGUGGGGAUCCUGUGGCCUGGCCCCUUUCCCCAGCCAGCUGCCUUGCCAGUAAAGGCAGUCCACAACUCUGCCUUGUCUAUGCCCACUUGGAAGCCCCCCACUCUGCCCCAACCCUUUUCCGUGAAGGAGACAGGACCAGGGGAAGCUGCUCUUCUCCAAGUCAGGCCAUUGAGCCAUCUAGCUCAGUACCGUCCACACUGACUGGCAGUGGCCCUCCAGGAUUUCUCCAUACCGUAGCUUCUCUCAGUCGUGCCAGGAAAUGCUAGGGAUUGAACAUGGGACAUUCUGCAUACCAAGCAGUUGCUCCAGCACUGAGCUGCAGCCCUUCCAGUCCUCCCAAAGUUCGGUCUUUGGGGCAGCUGCUCUUCAAGCAGAAGUUGAUAGAUGAGGAGGCAGUUUCAAUGAAGUCUUCCUGCCAGCUUGCCACAAAUACACCCCAGCCCCUUGUGCCAGUUGCAGCUGUCUCUCCCCAAGGAAGAGGGGCUGAGCUGGCCUAUAGCUGACCAUGGUUCUUAACAGUGAAAACUCACGGGGGGUGACCAGGAUCCUGGCUUGGCUCUGCUUCCUCUGGGAGAAUGAGAAACAGCUUCUCUAGCCACCUUGCCCAACCCCUCUGGGCUGAUCACAAGGGCAAGCUAUGAGCCAGUGCAGAUCUCCUACUGCAGCAAAUGUGCAUUCUUCUUCUAGAGGAUAGAUCCUGAAUGUCAUUUCUUCCCAAUGUAGGCACUUUUUGCAUUGUUUGGACUUAUUGACCACAUUGUCAUAUUUCACCUUUGGGGCAAGUGCUCACAAGCUUCUGCUGCCGUUCUCAUUCAGUCCAGUCGCUGUGAUUGUGGGCUCUGAUAGGUGACGAUAGGAAUGGAGAGGUUGGUCCUGAAGCUGAGCUUCUUUUGGGAAGACGACAUGGACGCUUUGCAAACCAAGUGACAAAUAAGAAAGAGCUUAGUGUCUUUAUUCAUAGCUGCCAAAAAAGCCUCUUAAAGUUUUGUGAAGAAUUUAUAUUCAUGGUAGCAAAAUUAAGGAUUCUGAGUUCUCUUUCCAUUUUAUGCAAAAUGCCAGUUUGAGAAAGUAUGAGAGAGAGAACCAAAGGAAAUCCCUGAAACCAAAAGAGGGUCUUCCUCUCCUGUAUAGUGUUGUUACAGUGCCACUGAAAAAGUUCACAAGUCCAGACUUCUGCCCAAUUCUUUGGGCUUCUGGUCAUUUUUGCUGCUUUUUGCCCCCUUUAAUCCCAUAGUUGAUCUGGAAAGCAUCAGUCCCUUUCACACAUCCCAAAGUCCGUAUGGGGAACCUCCAGCCCACUGUCAGGUGCCAGGCAGAAAGGUGGUUAAGUCUGCAAGGAAAUGCUCAAGACUCUGAGCCUCCUGAGGACAGAACCUCCAGCCUGCUUGACGUAGUAACAUGAGGUUCAGAGAGGUUCAGAGAGCAGUAGUAACAUGAGGUUCAGGAGGCUGCGUUCCUCUCUCUGGCCUGCCCUGGAGAUGCUUCCAGAAAAGCAACCGAGAGGAAUGUACUGAAAACACUAGAGGUUUGCCUUAUAGCCCGUUAUGACAUGAGCAGCAUCAAGUAACACAGGCCUUCUGCCUGUGGUGAAGUGUCUGAGUGACAGCUGCCAUUUAGUUUGGUCCUUAAUCAUUCUCAGCAUGAGAUCAUCUACUCCAAGCAUCCCCAAACUGCGGCCCUCCAGGUGUUUUGGCCUACAACUCCCAUGAUCCCUAGCUAACAGGACCAGUGGUCGGGGAAGAUGGGAAUUGUAGUCCAAAACAUCCGGAGGGCCAAAGUUUGGGGAGGCCUGAUCUACUCUGUGAUGCUCAGGUUGGUACAGUUGCUGAAAUCAGGGCUAGGCUUUCUUGGCACCCAAUGCAGUAUUUCAUACAUAUUCCACAGUCCUCCAGAGGCACCUGUGCUGCGUCCGUCUUCUCCUGUGUCCUAGAGACCCUGAUGGUCAACUUGCCCAUGACAUGGGACCUUCCUCACAAGCAGACAGGACUCCUCCAUAGGUCCAGGUUCAAGUCAUGUAGCGUCUUCCUAAAGCCAUCCAUUCUUAACGUUGGAUUUUGUGUCCCUGUGCUGCAUGUGCGUGUGCCCUCUUUGUUUUUCUGCCUGUGAUGGUGAGUGCAGUUGUGCCCAAGUCCUGGCGAAUGAGAUACUGUCCUCUGCGAGAUCCCUGAAGCGAGGAGCUAAGCGAGUUGUGGAACGGAGGAGGAGGGAGCUCCCUGGGCUCUGCUGGGCGCGGAGACUAAGCCCAGCCCCUUUGCUUUCCCAGGGAGAAGGGGGGGAGCACCAAGAAGCCUUUUAAUUAGCUGGGGAGACAGCUGAGCCGAAGGCGUUGCUAAGUGACAAGGAGCCCCUCGCCUGUCCCCGAGAGGCGCAUCCCUUUCUCUUCCCUCCUCUUCUCACUUUGCCGAAGAAAAGGCACCCGCUCAGUCUCUAGUUCUGCAGUCGCAGCAACGGCGCGUCUGGAUCAGAGACCUGCCUAUUAGGAACUCGGGGGAGGGAGGGGAUGAUCCAGGAGUGGUGAUGUAAUGAGCAGCUGGGGCGGUGGUUGGAGGCCAGUGGCGAAAGGAUGUGCGGCCCACGGUGCUGGCUGCUGGGGUGCUCCUGGGCUCCCAAGCCCCUGUAACCGCCCCGAGGUCUGAGAGGAGCCGCCGGGGCUGGACUGCCGGGUCGGAGGACAGCGGAGGAAAGACGAGAGAGCUGCAGCCAUUUGCAAGAUCUCCUGGACAGGCUGUGCUGCAUUGUUGUGAUUGAAUGGUCUAAUAUUCUGCCUGCCUCUUUCUCUCUCCCUCUGUCUCUGCCUUCCUCUUCUCUGUCUCUGCUUCUUAUCUCCUGCAACCAUGAAGCAGGCCGCAACUGCACGGAAGACCACCACCAGGAGGCCCAAGCCCACCCGGACGGCCAGCUCAGCAGCGUCCAGCGGCACAGCAGGGCUCUCGGGCUCAGCUUCUGCCUCGGCCGGCGAGAUGAGCAGCAGUGAGCCAAGCACCCCUGCGCAGACGCCUCUGGCUGCUCCCGUGGUGCCCACUCCGUCACUGACGUCUCCCGUGGCUCCGCCAUCCAUCCUCUCACCCACCAAGGAGGAGGAGAAUUUGCGUAGCCAGGUGCGAGACCUGGAGGAGAAGCUGGAGACCCUCAAGAUGAAGCGGAACGAGGACAAGGCCAAGCUGAAGGAGCUGGAGAAGUACAAGAUCCAGCUGGAGCAAGUCCAGGAGUGGAAGAGCAAAAUGCAGGAGCAGCAGGCUGAGCUCCAGAAGCGCCUGAAGGAGGCGAAAAAGGAAGCCAAAGAGGCCUUGGAGGCCAAAGAGCGCUACAUGGAGGAGAUGGCCGACACGGCGGACGCCAUCGAGAUGGCCACUCUGGACAAGGAGAUGGCCGAGGAGAGGGCAGAGUCUCUGCAGCAGGAGGUGGACUCCAUGAAGGAGAAGGUGGAGUACCUCACCAUGGACCUGGAGAUCCUGAAGCACGAGAUCGAGGAGAAGGGAUCUGACGGUGCUGCCUCCAGUUACCACGUCAAGCAGCUGGAGGAGCAGAAUGGCCGGCUGAAGGAGGCACUGGUGCGGAUGCGGGACCUGUCUGCCUCCGAGAAGCAGGAGCACGUCAAGCUCCAGAAGCACAUGGAGAAGAAGAACACGGAGCUGGAGACCCUGCGGCAGCAGAAGGAGAAGCUUCAGGAGGAGCUGAAGCAGGCGGAGAGGACCAUUGACGAGCUGAAGGAGCAGGUGGAUGCUGCUCUGGGGGCUGAGGAGAUGGUGGAGACACUGACCGAGAGGAACCUGGAUCUGGAGGAGAAGGUCCGGGAGCUUCGUGAGACUGUUUCGGACCUGGAAGCCAUAAACGAGAUGAACGAUGAGCUGCAGGAGAACGCCAGGGAGACAGAGCUGGAACUGCGAGAGCAGCUGGACAUGGCGACUGCCCGGGUGCGAGAGGCGGAGAAGCGCGUGGAGGCGGCUCAGGAGACGGUGGCCGACUACCAGCAGACCAUCACGAAGUAUCGGGAGCUGACCGCGCACCUGCAGGAUGUUAACCGGGAAUUGAUGAACCAGCAAGAGGCCUCUGUGGAGAGGCAACAGCAGCCUCCACCUGAAAUGUUUGACUUCAAGAUUAAAUUUGCGGAGACCAAAGCUCACGCCAAGGCCAUUGAGAUGGAGCUGCGCCAGAUGGAGGUGCAGCAGGCCAACCGGCACGUCUCUCUCCUCACCUCCUUCAUGCCAGACAGCUUCCUGCGCCAUGGCGGGGACCACGACUGCGUCCUGGUGCUCCUGCUCAUCCCACGGCUCAUCUGCAAGGCUGAGCUGAUCAGCAAGCAGGCCCAGGAGAAAUUUGAGCUGAACGAGAACUGUGCCGAGCGCGCUGGCCUCCGGGGGGCGCCAGGGGAGCAGCUGAGCUUUGCUGCCGGGCUGGUGUAUUCCCUCAGCCUCCUGCAAGCCACUCUGCACAAAUAUGAGCAGGCCUUAACCAAGUGCAGCGUGGAGAUCUACAAGAAAGUGGGGACCCUGUAUCCCGAAAUGAGUGUGCAUGAGAGGUCCCUGGACUUCCUGAUUGAGCUGCUGCACAAGGAUCAGCUGGAUGAGACCGUCAACGUCGAGCCCUUGACCAAAGCCAUCAAGUACUAUCAGCACCUGUACAGCAUCCACCUGGCUGACCAGGCGGAGGACUGCACUAUGCAGCUGGCUGACCACAUCAAGUUCACCCAGAGUGCCUUGGACUGCAUGAGCGUGGAGGUGGGCAGGCUGCGGUCCUUCCUGCAGACCGGGCAGGAGGUGUCCGACUUGGCCAUCCUCCUGAAGGACCUGGAGACCUCCUGUAGCGACAUCCGGCAGUUCUGCAAGAAGAUCCGGCGCCGCAUGCCUGGCACCGACGCCCCUGGCAUCCCUGCAGCGCUCGGCUUUGGGCAACAGGUGGCAGACACGCUGAUGGAUUGCCGCAAGCACCUGACGUGGGUGGUGGCUGUGCUGCAGGAGGUGGCGGCUGCAGGGGCUCAGAUGAUUGCCCCUCUGACGGAGAACGAGGGUCUCCAGGCUGUGAAGCUGGAAGACCUGGCCUUCAAGGCCAGCGAGCAGAUCUACGGCACGCAAGGCAUCAACCCCCACGAGUGCCUGCGACAGUCUUGCAACAUCCUCAUUGCCACCAUGAACAAGAUGGCCACGGCCAUGCAGGAGGGCGAGUACGAUGCAGACAAGCCGCAGGCCAAGUCUCCUCCUCCAGUGGAUCUGCGGGCAGCCGCCUUGCGGGCGGAGAUCACGGAUGCUGAAGGUCUGGGGCUGAAGCUGGAGGACCGAGAGACGGUCAUCAAGGAGCUGAAGAAGUCCCUCAAAAUCAAGGGCGAGGAGCUGAGCGAGGCGAAUGUGCGCCUGAGCCUCCUGGAGAAGAAACUGGACAGCUCCUCCAAGGAUGCAGAUGACCGGGUGGAGAAGAUCCAGACCAAGCUGGACGAGACCCAGGCUCUGCUGAAGAAGAAGGAGAAGGAGUUUGAGGAGACGAUGGAUGCCCUCCAAGCGGACAUUGACCAGCUGGAGUCCGAGAAGCAGGAGCUGAAGCAGCGGCUCAGCAACCAGUCCAAGCGCACCAUUGAGGGCCUGCGCGGAGUCGGUCCUUCGGGAGUCACUUCCGUCAUCUCUGGCAUCACCGGAGAGGAACAGCAGAGAGGUGUGGGUGCUGGCCAGGUGAUGAUGGCAGGCUCAGGCCCUGUGCAGGUGAAGGACUCCCCUCUCCUCCUCCAGCAGAUCGAUGCUAUGCAGCUGUCCAUCAAGCACCUCAAGAACGAGAACAACCGCCUCAAGGGAGCCCAGAUGAGGCGGGAGCUGGCCUUGCUGACCCCGCUGCGGGUGCCCAAGCUCUCUCUCGCCAAGGAUAGGCAAGGGGAGGAGGUGGUCUCCAGCUCCCUGUACCGCAAGACCAGCCAGCUGCUGGAGACCCUUCACCAGAUGAGCGCCAACACCAAGGUGGUGGACAUCACGCGGCAGAGGACAGCAACCAGCCCAGCAGCCCAGCUCCUGGAGCAAACGGCCCGCCUGAAAUCACUGAGCGAAACCAUCGACAAACUGAAGGACGAAGUCAUGAAGGAGACAGUCCUCCAGCAGCCCGGAGCCAACGUCCUGACCGACUUUGGCAUCUUCCCAUCAGCCCCCUUCCUCAAGGCCAAAGAGGAGCAGAAGGACGACACCGUCUACAUUGGCAAAGUGACCUUCCCUUGCCAGCCGGGCCACGGCCAGGUCCACAAACUGGUCCUCACACCCGAGCAGCUGCACAAACUCCACACCCGCCUCAUCUCCUAAGAGGGUCUUUCCCCCACCCUGCCCCCUUCUGCAGCUGCCUCUCCUCCUACAAGAUACACACGAAAUAUGCAGACUCUUGUUUGUGCAAGGCCCUCCUGGCACUGCUGACUCUCUGAACGGCCUGUGUUUGUUCUGUGUGCCUCCCUCCUCAAACUGGGCAGGCAGCUCUGCCCGCAAUGACCACUGUCCUCCUUCCCAGCUCUCACCCACUCCACUGGCACCUGCCCAUUCACGGUUCAGGCCAGGCUUUCCUCCCAUUUCAGAUACAGUCCGUUCUGCCCCAAGAGCUUCUCUGUGUGCUGUGGUUUUUCCCUCCCAAGCAGCUCCCCCCCCCCUGCCAGCAAGGGAGAAGGGGAGGCACCUUGCUUGCCACCUGCCAGGUGGGGAAGAUGGAGGGAAUGCUGUCGCCAGAUCCAUGCCCUUUACCUGUUUCAUCAUCACCUUCAGCUUCCUUCCUGCUGUCUCUGGCUUGGAGGCAGCCCCAGACGGCCCAAGCAUGGCAGGGGGUGUCUCUUCCCCUGGCCUUUCUGGGGCACUUGGUUAAGGGUGGCGGAGGUCUCUCUCUGCGCACUUCAUCUUGCAGCUCCACCCCUCUGGCCACAGCCCCUAAGUGCUCUUCUCUUCCUCUGCUGACCUCCAAGGUGGGGGCUUCUGUGGUGUUGGGAUACUGGGGGUGAGGAGCCAUUUGGAGCCUGGAGAUCCACAAGCACUUUGAGGCAGAAACCUUCUUGCACGUUGACUCCUUGGAGCUCUUGAGAUAAAUAAACUGAACUCUUAAACCAA